AUGACGUCUCAAUUCGAGCGGAAACAUGUUUCCAAACUGGUUCCCGCAGACCACCGGCUCCUUAUGCCGUUGCUUCUUGCUGUUACAAUUGUCAACUCCGCAACACUCGGUUAUGACUCUUCAGUCAUGAACGGAUUGUUGAUGCUGCCAUCCUUUGCAGACUACUUCGAGCUGACAACCGCCCUGGAAGGGCUCAACAAUGCAGCCAACUGGAUGGGCGGCAUCUUUGGCGCGUUCCUCAUGCAGCCGGUUCCGGAUUACUUUGGCCGCCGCAAGGCCAUCUACAUUGCCUCCGUCGUCACUGUGGUCGGCGUGAUCCUGCAGGCGGCCGCUCAGCACGAGGCAAUGUUCAUCGUUGCCCGCUUCAUCAUCGGCGUAGGUUCAGCCAUCAGCAACGGGGCUGCCCCGACACUGCUUGGCGAGCUGCUCCCCCCUCACAGACGCAGCCGGCUCCUCGGUCUCUUCUUCUCCUGCUUCUACAUCGGUAGUCUGGCCUCGUCCAUUGUCAACUACGGCAGCCAGAAUAUCCAGAACACGUGGGCCUGGCGACUGCCUUCCCUCUUGCAGUUCGUCCCGAGCCUGCUGGCCGUCGUGAUUGUCCCGUUCGUGCCAGAGUCGCCCCGGUGGCUCAUCGCACAUGACCGCGACGAGGAGGCUCUCGAAAUCUUGAUCAUCAUGCAGGGGAAGGACAAUGUGGAUAUUCAAAAGGGAUCGGAGCAGCUUGAGGAGAUCAAGAGCACGCUGUCGAGAGAGGCCAAGGAGUUUCCGCAUAACCCCUGGCGCGAGAUGAUUGCGACAAAGGCAAACAGGCGACGCCUUGCGAUUCUCUGCUCGUUUGGUCCUAUGAUUAAUAUGUUUGGUAACUUUGUCAUUUCGUUCUAUCUUACCAAGAUUCUCAACCAGGCCGGUAUUACCAACACAACCACGCAGACGCAGAUCCAAGUCGUCAUCAACUGCUGGUCAUUCGCCGUGGCCGUGCUUGGCAGUUUCAUGCUGGACAUCCUCGGCCGCAGGAUCCAAACCUUCGUCAGCGUCGGUGGCAUGGUCGUUACACUUCUGCUGAUUGGUGGUCUCAUCAAGCUCUACGGUGAAAGCGAGAACACGUCGGGCAUUUACGGAACCAUUGCGGUUAUUUUCCUCUUCCAAGGUUUCUAUGCGUUCGGCAUCACGCCAAUGACCAGUUUAUACCCCACCGAGGUGUCCCCUUUCAAGCUGCGUACUACCGGCCUUGCCAUUUUCCGCAUGCUCGACGCCGGAUUCGGGUACGUAUAUUCAACAAACUCUACAAUAUUCCUUAUUCGGAAAGUUGAUUCUAACAUGUCAUCGGUGCUUAGUCUCCUCGCCUCCUUCGCCAUGGCAUACGCAAUGGCCAACCUGGGCUGGAAGUUCUACUUCAUCAACGCAUCGUGGAACUUUGUCUUCCUCAUCGUCGCCUACUUCACAUUCGUCGAGACCAAGGGCCUCAAGCUCGAGGAGAUCAACGCCCUGUUCGGGGAUGCCAGCGUCACGGAUGGUAUCGAGGCUGAGCAGCCGGUUUCGGAAGGGUCCAUUGACGGCGGCAAGGGUGGGAAGAUUCUUGAAAGCAGUCGGGAGGUUCCCGCUAAAGAGGCGUAG